CAGCCGAACGGGUUUGUUUCGUUGACGCAAAUUUUUGGAAACAUCUCUGGCUGCGAAAAUCGCUGAGUUCACUCGGUGACUUUUUUUUGGUUCGUCUUGUUUGACUCGCUCUGCAAAUUUGUCGAUUGGGUUGGAAGCUAGAGCCGAUGGUUCAAAUAAUGAGUCCGCGAAAGGUUGCGGUGAAGUUGGAUGCCGAUGAGUCGUUCGACACCCAACUCGGUCCAAUUCACAAGCGACUCAAACUCGACUCGGUUCCGCAGCAGUUGGGUUUGGGGCCUGGCAAGUUUGAAGUUCCUCCUUCGCUGUACCAUCCCUUGGAUGAACCGAGCCCGCUCGGUUUGCAUCUAAAAAAAAGUCCAUCUUUUUUGGAUUUGAUCCAAAUGAAGCUAUCUGAAGAAAACUCUGUUAAAUUGGCUACUCUAGGCAAGAGAGGUCACAAGGGAACUACCGCUUCCGGUGCUUCGGAUAAGCUCAAGGCUAUGAAUUUCCCGGCUUCCCUUCUAAGGAUUGGGACUUGGGAGUAUAAGUCAAGAUAUGAAGGAGAUCUAGUGGCAAAGUGUUAUUUUGCAAAGCAUAAACUUGUGUGGGAAGUCCUUGAUGGUAGUCUAAAGAACAAGAUGGAAAUUCAGUGGUCAGAUGUUGUGGCUCUCAAGGCAAAUUACCCAGAUGAUGGACCAGGGACUUUGGAUGUUGUGCUUGCUAGACCGCCUCUUUUCUUUAGAGAGACCAAUCCACAACCUAGAAAACAUACCUUGUGGCAGGCAACAUCAGAUUUUACUGCUGGGCAGGCCACUUUAAACAGGCGCCAUUUUCUGCAGUGCCCGCAAGGCUUGCUUUUUGGCAAGCAUUUUGAAAAGCUUAUUCAGUGUGAUCCUCGUCUCAACUUCUUAAGCCAACAGCCAGAAAUUGUGUUAGAAUCUCCAUUUUUCGAUGCUAGAGUUACAGUAUCAGGUGACCCUGAUGAAUAUGGACGUCGGUUUGGUCCAAAAAAUGAGGAGGGGCCUGCUAUAUUUGGUUUGCAGGAUUCAGCAUCACCUUCUGGAACACACUCGCCCCCGUGUAAAGAUGAACACGAUUUUAUUGGUAGAGGUCCUGAAAAUUAUUCCCAGGAAAUUUCUUCUCCUAGCUCAGUGAUGGACACCCCUGCAAUUGAUAAAAUUGGGAGCUUUGGAGCUGAAACCUCAAAGACGCCCAGCAAUUUUAAUCAAAUGAAAGUUCCUGGACUUCCCAUGUCGAUGUCAAUGAGCGAUUUCGUAAGCCACAUUGGACAAUGCAUUUCUGGAAAGAUAUCUGGCAAGGAGCAACCUAGCAGAGAUGUUUUGGAGGAGAUUACUCAAAACAUGUUCAAUGACUCGCAAUUCACCUUACCCUCAGAUGAGCAAUACGUCAUGUCAAGGGUCAAUUCCCUUUAUUGCCUUUUGCAGAAGGAUCCUUCUACAACACUAAACUUGCAAGCCAAAACUGAUGACUGCUUUGAUGUAAAUGAUAAUGGGAAAACAGCUGAAACUAACUCCGCAUCUGCAUCAGCUUAUGGGAGUAAGGUUUCAGAUGGUUUUCUUGCACCUAAGGACGAGUCCAAUGAAGGUAAGUCCAGUGCUGUUCCAAAUGAUGAUGACAAUAAGCAGGAACUGACAAUGCCAAGAAGGGACUCAUUUGGGGAGCUUCUUCUAAAUAUUCCUAGGAUAGCAUCCCUUCCUCAGUUUCUUUUUAACUGGUCAUAAGUUUAUGAUAUUUAAUCAAGCUAGAGAGUAGUCAUCUACGGCCCUCGUGUAGCCCUGUACAAAAACAUAGAAAUCUAUGUCGGUUCUCACAUCUGUGAAUACAACAGUUGCAGGUUGUUCCUAAAACGUGUACAGCUUAGGGAUUCAGAAAUGUAUGUUGAUGAAGAAUCCUGAUACGUUGAUAACGUAGACCUGGUUCUUGCAAACUGCCUUAGUCCCUCUGCGUUUUGUUCAACCUCUGUGUAUAAUGAUCAAGUGUUCUUUUAUAGCCA